AUGGCAUCCACAACGUCAUUAUCGCCAUCUGCGCUACAAACCAAUAACAAUUCCUAUCUUAUGCCCACUAGUCCCCCCAAAAGCCGCCGUGGGAGCAAUGAUGGCUAUCGUCCCGCAGUUAAGAGGUCGACCGGAAACCCUCCUGCAUGUCUCGUAAAUGCGUCGGUCACAUACUGUGGGAACAAUCAAAUAUAUGCUUUUGGGGGCUUCGAUCAGUAUACUGAUGAAGUUUACAACCAUGUUCUCCGGUUAGAUCUUACAACUCUUAGGUGGAAUCUGGUUGAUAAUUACGGAGACAUUCCAGGUGUCAGGAUGGGACAUACCGCGUCUCUUUAUCAAGGAAAUAAGCUAAUAGUGUUUGGCGGUGAGAACGAACACCGCGAAUACCUCUCCGACGUUGUUAUACUGGAUAUUACCACUUCCACUUGGGCAUCACCUGAAAUACGUGGCCCAAUUCCUCGUGGAAGAGCGCGACACGCCUCUGAACUCUUGUUAGGAUGGCUCAGAGCCCAGGAGCCCAGUAUAGUCCUCCUCCCGCCCUGCAAGGUCGGCCCUGGCGGAUAUGCUGCCAACUCAGCCAGUGUGCAGGUUAGAACGUUGAGUCGUCGUAAGUUGCUCACAGCUCCUGGCGCGAUUUCUUCACUCAAGUUUCACGCCGGUCCUCACGUACCCACCACGCUGCUUUCCGGCACGCACUUCCAUGUGUUUUCAUCUGGUGUCCUUCUCGACAUUGCCACGCCUUCAGAAACAGUCCGACCCUGGGAUUGCAAUCUGGCUUCUCUGGAGCUUGACUCGUUAAAGUGGCAUCGUCUGGCAGACGGGCCGGAAAUUUUCAAAUCCGGAUACCGAUGGCAUUAUUGUUGUUUAAAUGAGGACGGCACCAGAGCGUGGCUUCUGGGAUGUAGCCUUGAGGCUCCAAAUGCCACUGGUGCUGGCGACGAAAACCGCCUAAACCAAGUACUCCCCAUCAAUCUCGAACGGUAUGGCCUCCUUGGAAAUCACCUUACCUUUGAAAAUUCAGAGCAAGCCAGACUACUUUCAUCAGAACGGCAAGAGGCGCCACGCUGCAGCGGGCUGGGAGCCGAUUUGGUUGCGGUAUUCGAUCAACCUCCUGAAUCUGGGAGUGGAACGGAUUUCAUAAUCACGGCAGACCGUGACGACGAUCCACACCAUACAGAACUUGGUGAUUCGACAAUAUCAGUGUCUUCUUCUCAUGUCCAAUCCACAUAUCUCCGUGACCUCGAAUCAGUAUCCCGGCCCAUCCACGUUCACAGGAUAAUCUUACAAGCUAGGUGGCCGCACUUCAAGCGUCUUUAUUCUGCUCAAAUGGCAGAGUACCAUACGAAAAAGAUGCAUAUACCUGAACCGUAUUCUGUCGUUCGUGCUUUUCUUUACUAUUUAUACACGGACAGCAUCGCUGGCCAUCCGGAGUACUGUUCAGAAAUCACCGAAGUGGCAGGGAUGUUGGUAAUGGCGAAUCUCUACGACAUGCCCAAACUCCGCUUGCUCUGUGUCAAUAGACUCAGUCGGGAACUGGACGUCGACAAUGCAGCCAUCGUUUGGGAGCGUGCCGGACGGACGAAUGAAGGAUGGCUGAAGCGCCGCGCUGCAUCAUUUUGUCUCGCAAACUGGGGCCGUGUUGUUAGAACGGAGGGGUUCCGUACCUUAAGCAGGCAGAGUCUAAUGGAGCUGUGCGAAGUGGUGGAUAUGGAGGGGCGCGUGGUACCGGGCCAUGAGCUUGAGCUUGUUGGUGAGUUGGAUGGGUUUGGGUCAGGUGCAGAUAGUAAGCAAAUUCGUACCUCCCCUGGUGGUGCAUCUGGGCCGGGCAUGGAGGACCUUGAUGAGGGUGACGGAGAUGAGGAUGAUGGCAUGGAGUUGUCAUGA